AUGGCCGGACAAAGCGAGUACGACCCUGAGAUGGAAAGGCCGGUGUGUCUGGAGGACUUCCGCCAGUACCAUGAGAAUGACAAGCAGUGGAGGGCCCGCAGGGAGUUCCUGGGCCGCCGCCACAUCCACCUCUACCCCGGGAGGAAGGCGGACCAACUUAUCGCCCUGUCUGUGGUGUGGAGCAACAUCGUCUUACAUUGGAAACCGUUAUGGAGAGCAGCUGACACAGAAAGUUUACCAGAUGGCUGAAGGAAUUGACAUUGGAGAGAUGCCAUCUUUUGAGCUGGUUCCCGGUGCCAAAGCUGCAAAAAGACCCAGUUCAUCAGAUGCAGAUGGACAACCUUCAAAGAAAAAGUUUGGACCGCGGCCACGUUUUGAACCUGUGCAUUUUGUAGUCAGCACAGUGGAGGAAGAUAAAAUUUUCCAAAAAACACGAGAAACCAAUACAAACUUAGACAUACAGAAACCGUUGGACAGCAUUCAUCCCUCAGAUGUCAAGUCCCAAGCAUCUGCUGCUUGUGUCACAAUGAGUGACCAUUCAGAUGCAGAAGAGCACACUGAAAUGGAGUUGAGUUGUCUGCCCUAUAUAUAUGACCCAAAUGAUACAGAUCAGAAUAGAAAUGACUCUGGCAAUUUUAUGACCAAAAUGGAACAAGACUACUCGGCAAAAUUUGAAUCUCAUUAUUCAUCCUUGGGCAAAGAUUUUCGGUCUAAUGUUCUUGAUAGUUGGAAGGGUGUAAGCCAGCAAGGGAGAAAAGGAAUCGGCUUUGUAAAGCCAUUGAAAAAGACGGGCAGGACUGGAAUAGAAAAGCAAAGUGGUGUAAACCAUUUCAUGGCUCGUGCAAUACAUUCUACAGAUAAAUCGAGCAUUAUUAAGCAACUAUCUGCAAUUGUGAAACAGAAUUUAGUAAAUCCCAAAAUGGCUUCAGAUAGCAGACACAUUAACUUCACCCAUGUAUUAACGCAGAGCAUUCAGGCAUGUAAAACCAAUCCAGAAUAUAUUUAUGUACCUAUUAAAGACCUUCCUCCUGGCAGCAUCCCAAAACAUAAGAGAGUCCCACCUGAUGGCUAUGCUUGUGAGGUAAGGUACCAAGAUGUGUACUUAGCUACUGGAUAUUCAUGGAGCAAAAUUGGAGCCAGAGAUCGAGCUGCUGAAUUGGCAAUACAACUUUUACAGAAGCCAGUGGUGGAUGUUGCCACCGUUCAACGAAAGUGUGGACGUGGUUAUCGCGAUGACGUGGUAGCUUGCUCAACUGACACUCGCAUGAAUGACUUCCCCCCGGCACUAAAGCAAGAGGAUGCUUUUGUAAAUGACAGCGGUCUGUCAAACCAACCCUUUUCCGAGGCAACUAGAGGUACUUCAACCAGACCAUGGUCAGAGUUCAUGCUUACUGAAAAUGCUUGUGAUGCAAUAGGCAUUCUGAACAAUUCAGCUACUUUCAACAAAAUGACAGUUGACUACAAGUAUGACAUGAUGUCCAACAAUAUGUGGCGUUGCUGUGUGUAUGUGCAAGAUCAUUGUAUAGCUGAAGGAUUUGGAAAUAAAAAGAGCAGCAAGCAUGCAGCAGCUGAGUCAGCAGUACAAAUUCUAAAGUCGAUGCAACCUAACAUACAUAGGACCAUUAAUGCAGAAAACACAGGCAAUGGUGUUUCAAAAGAGCUGAAAGACAUUGUGGUUUUAUGAAAAUGCCUCAAAUCCUGUAUGCACAUUAAAUGACACUGCUCAGUUUAAUAAGGUUACCAUAGAAUAUGUCUUUGAGAGGGCCUCCGGACUGGAUUGGAAGUGUAGGGUUCUCAUAGAUCAACAGUUUGUAGCCGAAGCUGUUGGAAUUAAGAAAACCGUAAAACAUGACGCUGCAAAGGCAGCUGUAGACGCUUUAAAGAGGACCCAGCCUGUCAUGGUUAACAAUCUGAAAAAGGGUCCAGCUGAAGAUGCCAUUUCUCGAAAUCAGAUCAGAGGGCUAUCAAAUGAGGAUGCAUACAAACAGCAAAUCAAAGAGGACAAUAUUGGAAACCAGCUCCUAAGAAAGAUGGGAUGGACUGGUGGAGGUUUGGGAAAAGGAGGGGAAGGAAUAGCUGAACCUAUUUCUGUAAAAGAGCAGUUUAGUCGGGAGGGGCUUGGCUUAAUGACAACUAACCAAAAGAUCACCAAAAGAGACAUUGAACAGAUGAUAAGAAAUUAUGCUGCCUCCUGUAAUCAGGAUGAUUUAACAUUUUCCAGGGAGUUGACCAAUGAGGAACGAAAAUACAUUCAUCAGAUAGCUCAGAAAUACGGUCUCAAAAGUAAAUCUCAUGGACAAGGAUCUGAGAGAUUCUUGGUUGUAAGUAGGAAAAGAAGCAGACAAGAUCUCAUACUUCAGCUUAAACAAGAAGGCCAGGUUGGAUCUUAUGCACUUGUUAUGCCCGAUUAA